UCGCCUGGGAGCCCUGGGGCGCCAGCACCCCGUGCCCCGCGGACCUCCCCGGAACCUGCCCCCGCGCAGCCCCACGUCGCCCAGGGAGCGCGCCUCGCUGCGCGCGCCCUUGCCCGCGCCCGAGGCGCGUGCCCGCUCCGGUGCAGCCCCUCCUCCCCGCUGUGUUUAUUAGGGGAAGGAGGGCGGAGGCGGAGGCCAGUUCCCCAGCUCCAGCCGCCGUCGCUCCCGCCUGUGUAGUUGCAGCCGCGGCCGCCUCCCGCCAGCUCGCCUCGGGGAAGAGGACGCUCGCGAGCUCGGGCGUUCCCGCCCCAGCCUUUCCCGGAAACAUGAACCCCAACUGCGCCCGGUGCGGCAAGAUCGUGUAUCCCACGGAGAAGGUGAACUGUCUGGAUAAGUUCUGGCAUAAAGCAUGCUUCCAUUGCGAGACCUGCAAGAUGACACUGAACAUGAAGAACUACAAGGGCUACGAGAAGAAGCCCUACUGCAACGCACACUACCCCAAGCAGUCCUUCACCAUGGUGGCCGACACCCCGGAAAACCUUCGCCUCAAGCAACAGAGUGAGCUCCAGAGUCAGGUGCGCUACAAGGAGGAGUUUGAGAAGAACAAGGGCAAAGGCUUCAGCGUGGUCGCGGACACGCCUGAGCUCCAGAGAAUCAAGAAGACCCAGGACCAGAUCAGUAACAUAAAAUACCAUGAAGAGUUUGAGAAGAGCCGCAUGGGCCCUAGCGGGGGUGAGGGCAUGGAGCCAGAGCGCCGGGACUCCCAGGACAGCAGCAGCUACCGGCGGCCCCUGGAGCAACAGCAGCCCCACCAUGUCCCAACCAGUGCCCCGGUUUACCAGCAGCCCCAGCAGCAGCCGAUGGCCCAGUCCUAUGGGGGCUACAAGGAGCCUGCAGCCCCAGUCUCCGUACAGCGCAGCGCUCCAGGCGGCGGCGGGAAGCGGUACCGCGCGGUGUAUGACUACAGCGCCGCCGAUGAGGACGAGGUCUCCUUCCAGGACGGGGACACCAUCGUCAACGUGCAGCAGAUCGAUGACGGCUGGAUGUACGGGACGGUGGAACGCACCGGCGACACGGGGAUGCUGCCAGCCAACUACGUGGAGGCCAUCUGAGCCUGCAGCGCCCCCCACCUGUCUUCAGCGCAUUCCACGGCAUCGCAUCCGUCCUGGGCGUGCCCCGUCCAUUCUUCAGUGUCUCUGUUUUUUAAAACCUGCCACAGCUUGUGAUUCCUACCCCUCCUCCAGCUUCCUUUGCCAACUGAAGCCUUCUUCUGCCACUUCCGCGGGCUCCCUCCUCUGGCAGCCUUCCCCCUUGACUGACUUCUUGAUUUUCUCUCUGGAUGGAACAGGCCUGGGCCUCUCUGGGGGAGGGCGCGGCCGGUGUGCGGGGCUGGAAUGGGAGACCUGUGGGCCCCUGGGCCUCACCUGCCCCUCUGUUCUCUCCCUUCACGUCCUCCUGCCCAGCUCCUCACACACCCACACAUUCCAGGGCUGGGGUGAGCC